AUGACGUCAGCUCGCCUGCUGCGAUACGCUUCAUUCCUCUCCGGAUUUGAUUACAUCGUUCGAUUCAAGAAGGGAAGUAGCAAUCAAAAUGUAGAUUGUUUAUCAAGAUCUCCAGUCAAAACAUGCAGUAGUUCAACAGAUCAAGAAAUCGGGGAAGAAGUGAACCAGCUUUAUUCUCAAUCACUUUUUCAAGUAUCCAACCGUGAAAUAACUUCAAAGACAAUCAAAGAAGAAACCGCAAAAGACCAUGAAAUGAAUGGAAUAGUUCGAACCCUGAAAAACAAUUCUACUGACUCAGAAUACACCCUACUUGACGGUAUAUUGUUUCGCAAAGACAGAAUUGUAAUUCCAACAUCUUUACGCUCCAAAAUACUCGGUGAACUUCAUGAAACUCAUCUGGGAAUAACCAAAAUGAAGCAACUCGCUCGACGCUAUGUUUACUGGCCAGGAAUUGACGGUGAAAUCGAAAGACUAGUUAAAGGAUGUAAAAGUUGUGCCCUUGUGAAAGCAAGUCCACCUAAAGUGUCAGUACAUCCGUGGAACCUACCUGAAAAUAACUGGGACCGCAUACAUAUAGAUUAUGCCGGCCCUUAUGAAAAUCACUACUUUCUUGUUUGUAUUGACGCAAGAUCCAAAUGGGCUGAAAUCGAAGUGUUGAAGGAAGCUCCCACAUCUUCAAACACAAUCAAUCUGUUAAAUAAGAUAUUUGCUACACAUGGGUAUCCGAAAGAAUGCGUUUCUGAUAAUGCUACAAUAUUUACAAGUGAAGAAUUCAGAGCUUACUGCAAGAUCAACGGCAUAUUCCAAAAGUUCAUCGCCCCUGGGCAUCCAGCGACGAAUGGCCUUGCAGAACGCAACGUACAAACCCUGAAGAACAAAUUAAAGUCAGCUUCUGAAGAACCUGGAACCCUGACAGACAAAGUGAGAAGAAUCUUAUUCCGUUAUAGAGCUACUCCAUUAGCUAGCAACCAAACCCCUGCUGAACUCUACCUCAAUAGAAAACUAAGGAUUCGACUGGAUGCCAUAUUUCCUUAUCAACACCCUAAAUCAAAUAUCCAGCCUGUUUUAAAACCUGUCAGAUCGAUUCAAGAGGGGGAGAGAGUGCAAGUUCAAAUGUACACUAACAACAGACAAGUUUGGCAGUUUGGAGUAAUAAAGAAGAAGCUAGGAAAAAGACAUUACAUAGUAACACUCGAUAGUGGAAGAAAUAUCAAGAGACACAUUAACCAGCUUAGACCAACUCUAGUAAUGAAAGAAAAGAUGGUAACAUUUGGACCUAAGCAAUCAUUUGAUGUACCAAGACUUCCAAACCAAACUCCAUCGUAUCCUGAUCAAAUACCCGACCAUAUUGAACCAGAACAAGACCACCCUACAGAAGUUAACAUUCCAGUUCGCUCUCCACGAUCAAUAAGACAACGACGACAGCCACCUUGGUUACGAGACUUUAUCGUUCAAAAAUAG